AAAAUGAGAACAACCAAUCGAUGUUUACCCUUCUAAACAUUGUUUAUGAAACAUUACAUGAAUGAGAAUGGAGAGUAGGAAAAAUCCAUAAGCUCUAUGUAAUCGUUGUACGGAUAACCUUUUCCCUCGUCACUGAAAGUCGUAGCUCAAAUCGAGAGCUGUUACCUCUAGCCGGAGUUCUCGAUCUGCGCCAUGACAAUAAGUUUGAUAAUUUCGUGACGACUUGCCGUCAAGUCCACAGUAUCUAGUUAUGAGGAUCUUGACUAGAAAUUAUAUCUGUGUCAAGUUUAGUGCUGUACAGUGAACUCGGUUGACAAUAAUAACUCGUGAUAAAUUCAGGCAUCAAGUUAGCCUACAACUCUUAUCAUUUCGUUUGAUACUCCAGUGGUAAUGGAUAUCGAUGAAUGCUCUGGUGGUGAAUCUGUGGAGGAGGAAGAAGAGGAGGAAGAGGAUUCCACACGGUCGAAUAGCAGCAGUAGUAGUAGCAGCAGCAGCACAGUUGACACCAGAGAUGACAGCGGAGAUGAACAAUGCAGCAGUGCCUCGGAUAGUCAGGCCUCAGCUGACGACAAUGAAAACUCCGAAGACGCCGUACGAUGGGAGACAUGUGUCGCUAUGGGGAGGAGGGUAAAAUUGCCACAAGGACUCUGCGAGCAUCUGACCAUUUUCCAAGAAUUAUUCGACUAUUCGAGAAUUUGGAAUGAAAGUUUGAGUGAAAGCGACAAGGAAUGUUUAUCCCGGUUUCUACCAACGUUUCCUGAAGAUUGCGAUCAGGAGCUCGAACGUGAAAAAACCUUGCGUAUGCUUUUUAACAGAGAAAAUUCAAGAUACGGCGUUGCAGCUUUGGAUGCAUUCCACAAUCAUGUAUCUGCAGGGCAUUACCGCCCCGAUAUUAGAAGAAUGUGUAAAUUAGUGCGAAAAGCACAACAAAGGAGAUUGCUUUACGAGGAAAGAAAACGUUCGUAUGAGCUGGCUGGGCAAUUGCUUAAAUCCAGAGAAUCUUUAUUGGCCAGUGCUUAUAAGCAGGGCUUCAGUCAGCCAACUAACCGGAUAUCUAAAUUUCACUGGAAUAAGCCUAGACCUGCUAUGGUUGAGGAACGUACCAGACAGCGUUACUUGGAAGAAUUAAGUGCUCUUAGAGCAGAACUUGGAGUGAAUAUGCGAGCUAUUGUUGAAAGCUCUUCCGAGGAUGAAGAGCGCUAUUCACAACAGCUGCAUGCUAAGAAAAAGAAAAAACGUUUAACUAUGGCUUUUCAAGCAGCACCUAUUAAGACACUUCAACUGAAUCCUGAUGAGGACACUGUACGGCCUGUGUCAUCUACUUUUCACCAAUCAAAGUUUGGGCUCCCUUUGGAGAGUCAGGGCUUGUCCCUACUUGGCUACGAACAAUCAGAUGAUGCAUAUCGGGCCAUGUUAGCUGCUCACAAAAAACGGCGCACUAGACGAGAUAAUCAUCCAGAAUUGAAUACUCAGGGGAUUUCCUUGGCCGAAUUGUCGCGACGUGCUCAAAUUGGGCAGAAACAUAAACUAUCAUUGAACAGUGCUGUUCGUCCUGUGGUUGUUAAAAAACGUAUAAAACUUGAACAAACGCCUUCUGGUCCCCCUUUGGCCUCAAAAUCUGUUCACGUCAGUCCUGUAAAACCUGAAAGUGACAACAGUGAUUAUUCUCAUACAAUCGAUAAUGACCAUCGACAAAUUAUUUCUGCAGUCGACUCAAGUGGUCCUUUGAGUACAGUUAAGAUGGAGCCUGUAGAUACAUACGAACCACAAUUAUCAGGGAAAAAGAAAAUGUUCUCUAACUCGUGUUCGGGAUUAUCAAAUUCAAGUGGAGGAAUAUUACCAUCGACCCCUGUUGUCAAGACGGAGAUAGAAGAUUUUGAAUAUGAUUCAGAGAUCAAAACUGAGGUCAAUAAUAAAGCUAGUGAUGAGAGAGAAACUGAAGAUGAUGAAGAGGAUGACAAAAAAACGUUAGAUUUGGAGAGCAUAGACAUGAUGCAAAUACCGAUUCAGUUAGAUAAUGGCAUUGAUCUUCUGGAUGAUGUGAAGUGUGGUAGUGACGUAACUCAAGAAGGAGAAGGAAGGGAGGGUGAUCUGAUGCAAGAAACUCACUCAUGCUUCUUUUCUCUCCUGAGAGAUGCGUUUGUUUCAAAGGGAGAAUAUCGAAUGAGUACUGCAGAGAUGAGAGAUGCAAUUACGCAAUGGCAGGGUAACCCGAUUUCUCCGCUCAACGACUGGUAUUCAUUAGCACCUUCUUGGCCUGCUCUCGUACCUCUUGCUCUUGGAUUUCUUGCUGGAGAGUUAGUCUACUCUUCACAGGAGACAGAUCAUCCAACGGAACAAGAACUGGUCCCAUAUUUAGAAAACAAGGGAAGAGGCGUAUAUGCGUGGAUAGGAGCUGGUAGAGAUUCAGACUCUCGUCUUGCAACCUACUGUGGCCGUUUUCUAACUCAUCGAGACUCUUUAGGACCUCCAGUGCAUUCUGUGAACAGCGCUAACAUCGCCGCUAAACAACAACAACAGCAGCAACAGCAGUCUGCUAAUAGCAGUAGUAAUACCUGCAGGGGUGGAAGUCCUGCUGCAGAAAUUACAGCAGGUGGGGAUGGGUUAAUGGGCACAAUGGGUGAGUGGGAGCCACCAAGAGCUCUAUGGCCAACAGAGUGGAAGGUCCGUGCUUCUACGGUUGAGGAACGGGAAGAGUUCAGAAGACAAGAACAAUUGCGAUAUGCAACUCCACACAAGGCAUUCACAUAUAGGAUGCAUGGUUAUGCGUCUGUUGUUGGUCCAGUGAAAGGAAUUUAUCAACAUAAUGUCGCUUCCGGACUGAACAAACCUCGGGGGCACUCACUACUGGUAGCAGAUAGACCAAAUUUUGUGACGAUCCUUGCACUAGUCAGAGAUGCCACAGCUAGACUACCCAAUGGUGAAGGAACUCGCGCUGACAUCUGCCAGCUGCUUAAAGAUUCGCAAUAUAUUAGAGAUCAGGGUGAUAAUGGUGAUGGCAGCCACGACAAAGAGGGUUAUUUACAUUCCGUCGUGUCAGGAGCUCUAGAUCGGCUUCAUUAUGAGGCAGAUCCCUGUGUUAGAUAUUACCCCAGGCGUAAGGAGUGGCUUUACCUACACCGAGCAAGAUCUGAAUCUGAAUUUGAAAUGUACCAUCAACAAUUGCAAGGUGUGGCAAAGAAUAAAAAAAAUAUUGGAGGGGCAUCUCGUAAUAAGUCCGCCAAUCCAAUCACUAAACCUGUCAACGGAAAUAAGGAACUGUCUACAACUAAAGAAACAACUCCGAAAAGAGAAAAAAAGACAUUAGUCCCACAGCCCGGUAUUGCCAGAAAAGAGAAUCGUAAGGCUGAGGAAUUGAUAAUUGAAUCAAGUGAUCAGCCUGUACCUGUAAUUGCUACCGCUGUACCUACUUCAUUGAGUACAACUGCUGCGCCGGUCGUUGUAUCUUCAACCGCAAAUACCUCAGACUCUCCAAUAGAAAGAGAGAAAUUAGUUACUGUCGAAGUAAAGCCGCAAGUUAAUGUACAACAGAUCAAAAAAGUUGUUACAGGGAAGCCGAUUACUGUGCCUAAAAGUCAUACAACAAAUGCUUCUCAGAGUUUACUGCAGUCAAAUCAACACUUCCCACAUCACCAAAUUCAAGUAUCUACCUCCGCUGGCCUGCAAACAAUUCGUCUUUCUGGGCAUUCCGUACUUCACUCUCAAACCUCUACUAAUUCACCUGCAUUGACCAAUACGAACACCACAACAAGUCCGAAUAUAACAACCAUAUUAUCGGGUACAAAAAUCACUCAACAGUUGCAGCAACAGACAUCCAUUUCGAAUCAAACAGGAAAAAGUAUUUUACAAGCUGUUAAACAGCAGCAGCAAUUGCAACUGCAACAGCAACAAACACAACAGCAACAACCAAUUGUACAACAGCAGCAACAAGUAGCACAACCACAGCAGCAACAACUCCAACAGCUGCAGCAACAACAACAGCAGCAACAGCAACAACAGCAACACGUUUUACCAGGAAAAACGUUACUUGCUUCACAGAUAAAACUGGUUAGUUCUGGUCAAAUCAAAUCACUCCUGACCAGCCACGGGUUACAGGGACAGACAAUAUUUAUUAAACAAUCAGCAUCUCCAACAACUACUCAACAGCAGUUGCAACAGCAACAAUUGAAGCAACAGCAACAACUUCAGCAGCGGCUUGUUAAUAGUCAACAGCAACAACAACAGUCUUCUGGUAUGCAGCGAAUAAUUGCCCAAAUUGGUGGUAAACCAAUUGCUGUGCAAAUACAACAGUCUCCACAUCAGCAACAACAACAGCAAAAGAUAUUGGCCAAGGUUCUAACUAGCGCAGGUGGCGGUCAAUUAAUCUCUGUCGAAAGCUUACUAGCUCAAAAAGGAUUAAAGCUCGCCACAGCGACAACUCAUACAAGCCCUUUGAGUCAAGUCAACAAACAAGGAAAACAAGUGAUACAAGCACAGUAUCAGGUUGUGUCGCAGGCUGCAACAGCAGCCCAAUCAAAAGUGACCGUCAGUUCACAGCAGCAACAGCAGCAGCAACCUCAAACAGUACGAAUGGUGGCUGCUCAACUUGCGGGGAAACCAAUAAUGUUGGCCAGUAGUAGUAAAGGUGUCAGUGUUGCAGGUGGAACAACCGGGGUAGUGUUAAGCAAACAACAACAACAGCAACAACCUAUUAUUUUACCUAGCCAACUGCUGAACAUCAAAACACUACAUGGAUUGAAGGUCAUACCAGCACCUGCUGGUUUAAAGACCGGAGCAGUUUAUGCGCGUGUUAUUGCCCCCUCUGUACAAACUACCACUGCGAAUCAACAACCACAACAGCAGCCACAGCAACAGCAGCAACAACAGCAACAAUCGUUACCAGCAAUGCGAAAUCCAUAUGUCACGCCCCGUCAAGAUUAGGCUUGAUUUUUAUUUAUUGUCUUUACGUUAUUAGUAAGUAUAGUAGAAAAUAAUAGCAAAUGAUGUCGAAGGUAAUUGCCGAAACAAGAAUGGUGUAAAUUACAUAACUAAUUUACGAUCCCAGAUUAUAAAUAGGUAUAUGCACUCGGGUAUGUACGUUUCUAACUGUCAUCACCUACACUUAUACCAAUUCUGUUCAACAGUUAGGUCGGCUGAACGGUUGUCCAGAGUUCAAUAAUUUGAACAAUUAACAAUCAAAUCGAUGAUUUUAAUAUUUGUACGUAAAUUAAACUUAUUUAAAAAGUAUUGUGGUACCUACAGUUUUGACUUGGUGAGUAUUUGAAAGUUUAAUAAUUCCUAUGAAUUCAUAGGUGGAAAAUUAAACUGUGUACAUAUCGUAUAAAAUCUCCCCAUUGAAACGAUUCACUUCAAAAUAAACUAAUUCCCUAAGAAUAAAAUCGGAUAAAAUUGUUACUUUCAUAAAUUGUUGCAAAAAAAAAUCUGGCAUAAUAGAUUCAUGGGCUAAAUGCAUAAAGAGUUGUAUAUUUAAUUGUUUUUAUAGUAGUAACACUUUUGUUUGAAGAAAAUUACCAAGUUGAGAGCAGCUUUGCAAACAUUAUUAUGGUCAAUGAAACCAGAUUAUGUCGAUUCAAAUUUUGCACUUUACUUUAGAAAAGAAGCGUAAAAAAAAACCACUACUUGCUGUUUUGAAAGUUGCAAUGAGACUGCAAGACUGGUUCCUUAAUGCCCAAACCAUUACUUCUAAUUUGUUUCAAACUAAAUUAUUUCGAGUUUAGGGUUUUUGAAGUUGGUUAACUGUA